AUGGUGUUGUCGGAGAGCGGUCUAAAAAGAAACAAUGGCCAAUUUGUUAACGAUACAUUCUACUGCCCAAUCUUGGGUUGUAAGUAUAACUUGCAUUUUGGUCAAUCUAUGAAAUCUUUUAAAACUCAAAAACUUCUCAAACAACACUGUAUCAAAGUGCAUUCCGACAAAAAAUACAAAUGUGAUAAUUGUGAAAAAGGGUUUCCUUUAGAGUCAACAUUAAAGUCACAUCGAAUAACAUGCGGAGUAAUAUAUUCUUGUUACUGUGGCAUUCAAUACAAAUCUCCAGAAGCGUUCCUCACUCAUACAAAACGAAAACAGCAUAAUAUUGGAUUAGGAUACUCUACUAUUAUGAAAUUUUUGAAGACAAGAAAAUUAUUGCCCAACACAGAAGACUUAAAAGAAUUGGAAUCUAGCAAAAGAUCUACCGAGACACAAACUGUAGCUGAUGUACAAACUUUAUCAGAUUCAUCAACUCAGACUACUUUUGAAAAUAAGGAUUGCAUGUUAAGAUACAAUGAUCCAAAACUCUCUUCUGCUACUUCUAGUCCUAUAAGACGGUUAUGUGCACAGACUCAAACCGAUCCUAUGGUUGACUCUAUUAAAAUUGAAUCAGAUCCAAUGUUUUUAGAUUCAGAAACACAAACCAAUUUUGACUUUUUAGACAUUUAUACUCAAACUGCCGAGUCUGAAUGUCUAUUUGGUGAUUUAGAAUUUACCAAUAUUCAGACACAGACUUAUUGUAGUUCUCUAUUUAAUGAUGAUUCCAUUGGAAUGAGAAAUGAUAAUUCUUUAAACACAAACAUGAUAUAA